GACGCGAGUGUGAAUGCGAGUGCGGGAGUUUCAAGACGCGCGCGAAGCUGCGGACUGUGCAAUCGGAAGUGGAGCGAGCUUGAAAGCAAACAAGACGGCGCGUGUCGGAGUGUUUAUAAUACAAACGUUGUUUUCAAAUACAAACGUUGUUUUUUUCAAAACACAAAAAUCCCCAGCGGGCCGGAGGAGUGGGGUCACCUCUUUUGCAUGCCCGACAUUUGCACCUUGGAUGCCGCGGGAAAAAAACCAGUGCGAUUUGAGCAACAGGUGGCGAAUGGAUCGUGUCGAUGGGCGACGGGAUUUGGCGAAAUUGUGCGGAUAGACUCUGACAUAGGCCCACUAAUAUUAUUAUUAUUAUAUGGCCAAAAGGGGUCAGGCUGUGUGCGCGUGAGGAAAUUGAAUUGACUUGGCCACCGCCGCCGCCGCCGCCAGUCCGAAAUCGAAAUCAAAAUCUGUGUCGCAAAUGUGGCACUAAUAAAUUAUCGCACAUUCGCACUCGCGAGUGCUUCAUUAAUGCAGAAAUCGCAAAUGAAGGAGAAUAUCUAGUUUGCAGCGGCUGCGUUUGUUUAACUUUGCCAUAAACGUGACCAAAUUUCCAAUUGCCGCGUGGAUCACCCCAAAUAAUAGGAGUCAACAUAAAUAGCAAGCAACAGGGAGCCACGCUUCGCGGAGCAGCGCACAAAGAAGAAGAACGCCAACUCCGUGGCCUAUAAAUAUCCGUCUUCAAAAUUACUAAAUCCAAUUGCAGUCCAAUUAGCAGCCGAGCGCCAAUGAAGCGCCAGUAGAAGAGUAAAACACCGCCGACAGGAAAAAGGAAACAACCAAGAACGUAAUUAACCAGGAGCAACCAGGAGAUUCGGGGAGGUGGGGCAAUGCAAACUCAACAAAAAUGUUGCAUCUCCUCGAAGGAUCAACAACUGCUGCCAAGGACUCUGUCGCACAAAGGGGAACCCUCAUCACAACCGCCAACCAAUUCCAUUUAAAUUAAGAGCCACGCGAAAAAGGACGCAGGACAUCUUUACGCGAUUCCCGCCACCGCGUAAUGUUUGCGCACCCCUGUCCGCCGCCAGCUGGAAUCUACCAAUCGGGAUUGCAACACCCAGUGCCACAGCUCAUCCUUGUCAUCCUACUCGCUUCCAGCCACUUCCGGCCGACUGAUGGUGAGGUCUUCACAUUGGGCUAUCUCACCGCUUCGCAACGGCGUCCCGGAAACCUGGACUACAACCGACCCGGACUCACCAUCUCCGGCGCCAUUUCGCUGGCGGUGGAGGAGGUGAACGCCGGUCGUCUCCGGGAUCUUGGGCACUCGCUGCAGUUCGUGGUGGCCGAGACGUAUGGCGAGGAGGUGGUCAGCAUCCGGCAGACGGCUGCCUUGUGGACGCAGCAGGUGGCCGCCUACAUUGGUCCCCAGGAAACCUGCGUUCACGAGGGUCGCAUGGCAGCCGCUUUUAAUCUUCCAAUGAUAUCCUACUACUGCACCCAUCGGGAUCCCUCAAACAAGGCUGAUUUUCCCACCUUUGCCAGGACUCGACCGCCAGACACUCAAAUCUCCAAAUCCGUGGUGACCCUUCUGUUGGCCUUCAACUGGACGCAAGUGAGCUUUCUCUACUUGGAUGACGCCAGUGGACAAUACCAACCCGUGGCUGAGACCAUCCUGAGCACUCUGACUGAGGCAGGGGUAACCAUCCGGGACAUUCGCACCUGGAACACCAUCUACCACCACGGAUUCAUGGACAAUCCUUUCGAGACGCUGGUGGAUCAAACCUUUGCCAACACGAGGAUCUACCUCAUCCUGGGCCACUACUACGAGCACGUUGGCCUGAUGGUGAGCCUCCAGAGACGAGGACUCCUGUCGGAAGGCGAAUACUUUGUGGUGGGCAUCGACAUCGAGCAGUACGAUCCGGCCAAGCCCGAAAAGUAUCUGCGAGGACUUCUCCUGGAGGAUGUGGAGCCGCUCGCCGUGCUGGCCUUCCAGUCCUAUCUGGCCAUUCUGCCCACUGCGUCCGCGUCCUUUGCCACUUUUGCCAACGAGGUUUGUCCGCUGACAGGUCGUGACAGUGAUGUGAUUGAUGCGCUGCAUCCGCCAUCAUCUCGCCUCAUAAUUGUCGGGCCUUUCGCCACAUUGACCACACACAUUCUGACCCUCAUUUCGUCUUGCUUUCAGGUCAACAAAUACAUGGAGCGACCGCCAUUUAAUUUCCCCAAUCCUGUGGGUCGCUUCGGAGGCGCAAAGCAGAUAAGCGCCGAGGCAGCGUAUCUGUACGAUGCCGUGCAUCUGUAUGCCAAGGCCUUGAUGGAAGUCCUGGAUUCCGGCGGGCGGCCCAAAAACGGCAGCGCCAUUGUGGCGGCCAUCAAGGGCUCGCGAUAUCGCAGUGCCAUGGGCUAUCACGUCUACAUCGAUGAGAACGGCGAUGCGGCAGGGAACUAUACAGUAUUAGCCAGGGGAACGGUGCGGAAUGGUCGCAACCAGACGGUCCUGGGCCUGCGACCCGUGGGCACCUUCAUCCACCGGAACAACAGCUUCAGCAGCAUCAGCAAGGCGAUGCCCGAUCUCAAGCUCUUCAGUCCUAUCGACUGGGUGGGUGGCUCUCGACCAGCAGCUGCUCCUCGUUGCGGAUUUGCCGGCGAGAAGUGUGUUAAUUACACUGGCGAAAUUUCAGCAGCCAUUGCCGGGGGAGUCCUGCUCCUGUUGAGCUUAGUUUCCCUCGUCCUUUACCGCAACUGGCGGUACGAGCAGGAGCUGGACAGCCUGCUCUGGAAAAUCGACUUCCGUGAGGUUCAGAUCCACGAGAACGAGCGGGAGCAGCAGAGUCAGAAGCAGACGCGCUCCACCCAUCCGCUGAUCCGCACCAGCCAGGUGAGCCUGAGCUCCAACCCGGACGCCGAUUUCCGCUACACGACAAUCUUCACGCCCAUCGGUCUGUACAAAGGUCAGCUCUAUGCCAUCAAGAAGGUGCGCAAGAAGAGCGUGGACAUCACGCGCGAGAUGAAGAAGGAGCUCAAGCUGCUGCGAGAUGCCCGGCAUGACAAUAUAUGCGCCUUUAUAGGCGCCUGCACGGAUCCGCCGAACAUCUGCAUCAUUAGCGAGUAUUGCACCCGCGGAAGUCUUAAGGACAUUCUGGAGAACGAGGACGUCAAGCUGGACAACAUGUUCAUUGCCUCCAUGGUGGCCGAUAUUAUACGCGGCGUCAUCUAUUUGCACGACUCGCCCAUUCGAUUCCACGGCGCCCUGUGCACCUCCAACUGCCUGGUGGACUCCCGUUGGGUGGUCAAGCUGACGGACUUCGGCCUGUUUGCCUUCAAGCAGGGCAUCGAGGACAGCUCCACGGAUAUGCAGCACAUGUCGGCCAAGUGUCUCAAACUCCUUUAUAGAGCUCCAGAGCUCCUGAGACAGGGUCCAUCCUCCUUGGUAAUGGGAACCCAGCGCGGAGAUGCCUACUCCUUUGGCAUCCUGCUCUACGAGAUGCAUGUGCGCAAGGGACCCUUCGGGGAGACGGGUCUCUCCCCCAUGCAGUGUCUGCAGAAGGUCCUCCAGCCGCAGGACCAACUGCAUCCCUACAGACCAUCGCUACAGCCACUGGAAACCGCUUUCGAUUGCGUGAGCGAGUGUCUGAGGGAAUGUUGGGCCGAGAGACCAGAGGAUCGGCCAGACUUCAAAACCAUUCGCACGAAAUUGAGACCUCUGCGGAAGGGAAUGCGUCCGAAUAUUUUCGACAACAUGAUGGCCAUGAUGGAGAAGUAUGCCAACAAUCUGGAGGCACUCGUCGACGAUCGAACGGAUCAGUUGCAGGAGGAGAAAAAGAAGACCGACGCCCUGCUGCACGAAAUGCUGCCACGUUGUGUGGCAGAUCAGCUGAAGAAGGGUCACAAGGUUGACCCCGAGCACUACGAGCAGGUCAGCAUCUACUUCAGCGACAUCGUUGGAUUCACAGCCAUGUCGGCGGAGUGUACACCCUUGCAGGUUGUGGAUUUCCUCAACGAUUUGUACACCUGCUUCGACUCCAUCAUUGGACACUAUGAUGUCUACAAGGUGGAGACCAUUGGCGAUGCCUAUAUGGUUGUUUCGGGGCUUCCCUUGAGGAACGGCGAUCUCCAUGCUGCCGAAAUAGCCACCAUGUCGUUGCACUUGCUCAGCGCCGUUUCUGAGUUUAAAAUCCGACAUCGACCCACCAAUCGAUUGCUCCUAAGGAUUGGCAUCCAUUCGGGUCCAGUUUGUGCUGGAGUUGUGGGUUUGAAGAUGCCAAGGUAUUGCCUCUUUGGAGACACUGUGAACACAGCUUCACGAAUGGAAUCCAGUGGUGUUCCCUUGAAGAUCCACUGCAGUUGGCAGUGUCGACAGCUUUUGGACAGACUGGGUGGCUAUCACUUUCAGGAGCGCGGAGUCAUUUCCAUGAAGGGCAAAGGUGAACAGAGAACUUACUGGCUUUUGGGUGAAGAUGAGGAGGCGAGAACAAGGCGAACCUACGAAAGAUCCCAGAGAAGGGGAUCCAGGGCUCUAAACAAGUUCAUCCAAGGAACCAUCAAACAAGCCCAAGAACAAUCCAAUGAAUACGGAAUACGUUCCUCGCUGAAGCAAAAGAAUCUCCCGCGAAAUUCGUUGACUCGCUCCUCCAGUCUUGAAUCGCCCAAGAAGUUGAGAUUUGCUGCUGGAAGUCUCCUAGAGCAUCAUCGUUAUCAUAGUGAUGAAGCUCUACUCGAGGUGGAUUCCUAUACAGGAUUACGUCGUUCUUCGGGAGGAUCCACUCAAUCGCGUUAUGAAGAGACCACACUUUCGCUAACUUUGUCCUGCCAAAGCAUCGAGGUCCUGGCUGGCCAUCAAAACAAACGGCGACCCUCCUCAUAUCCCACUGCCAAUACACCGCUGCUGAUGAACCACGUGGAAGUUUAGAGCGGAUAACUAGUACUUAUAAAAAAACAAAACCCAACUACAGGGAUAUUAGUGGAAUUUGUGUUCAGUAUGUCUAGCCAAGUAUUUGUAUCGCUUUUAGUGUCCGUAAUUGUAAUAUUAAUUGUGGUAACUGUAGCAUCAGCAUAUUGUGAGAGUGAUUAUAAAUCUAGUCGUUGUUUACACACAUUCAUGCGCUAACCUAAAGCAAAUUAAAUUAGUCAAUAACCUAAACUAAACGAUAUGAAUAAAGAGUAAACAAGAGAGA